GGACAGCUGAAGGGCCAUGCUGACUGUUUUGGUUGUUCUUUUACCUGGUGUUGUGAUCGGAUACAUCCUCAUUGCACAGUGGCCAGAAGAAAUCUUUCAGAGAGUUGGAGACACUGUGAACAUCUCCUGCAACCAGAAAAACAGUGACCUUGCCUAUAUGUUCUGGUACCAGCAGCCUCAAAGAAAUGGUCUGAAGUUAAUAGUCAGUACUACUUCAUUGAGGGAGAAAUUUUAUGAGGAUGGUUACAGUGAGGCCAAGUUUGAGAUAAGCAGAAAGUAUACUUAUACUGUGAUGACAAUCAAGAAUGUGACAUCCAAGGAUGUAGCCACGUAUUUCUGUGCUGCGAGUGAUCACACGUUCCUCACAGAUACCACCAUAGCACAAGGGAAAGAGUACGAAGGAGAUGAAGAAUUCAAAGUUCUUCUACAUACUGAUGAUGCACACAAAACUGAGCUUAUGAUACAACAGUUUGUCACUGUGAAUUCCGGUAAUAUGAUUUUUGGCGAUGGCACAAAACUUACAGUAAUAGAGAAGGAUAAGGAAAUCAUACCUCCAUCUGUGGCCAUCUUUUCCCCAUCGAAGCAGGAAAUCCAACAGAAGAACAAGGCCACACUGGUGUGCCUGGCCUCUGGUUUCUACCCUGACCACCUGACUCUGGUCUGGAUGGUAAAUGAUGUCAAAAGGACAAAAGGAGUGGGGACAGACGAAUUCUCCACACAAAAUGGGAGCACCUACACACUGACCAGCCGACUGAGGAUCGCAGCUUGGGAAUGGUUCAACCCUUUGAAUAAUUUUGAGUGUGUUGCCAAUUUUUUUCAGAGUGGAAAAGAGAAAUCCAUACACAAAGUUAUCUCUGGUGAUGCUGGUUGUGCAGUUACAGAAGACUCGUACUUGCGGUAUGGAAAUUCUGUGAAGCUCACUUACUUCAUUCUCUGUGGCAAAGCCUUGAUCUAUGCAGUUUUGGUGAGCAGUCUGUUGUGGAGAGCCAAGGUAGGUGGCAAGUUGUAUAAAGAAUGAAUGAAGACCCCUCUUCAUCACGUCAGCAGGAACACAACAAGUUAUACCCUCUACCUUUCCAUAGCAAAGGAUCUAUGCUUCUAAGAACUUCUAAAUAUUUUUUGAUGAUUCCUUGUCCCACUCCUGUUCUCCACUUUGUUGUACUCACUGCUGGAUUUUUCCUGUGCUUCCAUAUCAUAUAUUAUGAUAUCGUAUUGUCUCAUAUGUUUAAAACUAGCACCUUCCUAAUGCUCAGAGGCUGAGAACUCAGCUCCUUGAUUUAGGAAUAAAUUUUUAGCUUCUUUUCCAUUGAAAAAA